AAUGGUUGAAAUAUAGAGUUACCAUUACAUUACGCAAACGGGGUAAUAAUUUUUACUUUAGAAGAUUUUAUACCCAACCUGGCAACACAGCACUUAACGUCAUAACGUCAUUGUUGUCAAUCUAUGCAAGCUACAUUUCUAUUUCUGUUUCAAUUAAAAUCAACUGAUUCCUCACAAACAAUGGCUGGAAAGCCGCCAGAAGAAGGCUAUAUAUCCGUCGUAGACGAGGAACCAGAGAUUUUCGAACUCCUAAAAUGGGACGCGCCACAAACGCAAAAGCAUCAUCAGAACCCUCAUCCUGACCAUCGGGGUUUAGAGAAAGGAGUUUAUACUCAGUUAAAGGAUAAAUCUGAGCAGAUGAAUCAGCAGAAGGCUCCAGAAGAGCUUAUGGUUCAGGAGAAGAGGUCAAAGCCCGCGGAAACUGAUCCGUUUGAUCUGCCUGACCCCACGUUUAUAGAGAGGUAUAGAUUGUCAAAGGACUUGGCUCGCGGGUUGAUUGAGGAGUUAAAGCCAGUGAUGCCCGAGUCUACUAAGUCUAUUGAGUUCUCCGUUGAGAGCAAGGUAAUGGCAGCGCUAGCAUUCUUCGCCACGGGCAAAUACCAGAAGUCAAUCCACGGAAAGACGGACCCGAACAUAACCCAGUACUUUGUAUUAUCAGCCGUCACACAAGUUACGGAGGCCUUGAACAAUCCUGCUCUAGUGAAGAAAUACAUACACUUCCCGCAUCUGAGAGUGGAAAGAGACAAUCUAAAAGCUAGGUUCUACAUGAAAUAUGGAGUCCCGAAUGUCGUCGGUUGCAUAGAGUGCACCCACGUGCCUAUAGCGCGGCCCGAUGUCGACCAAAAGAGCCAUUUCAACAAGUCAUACCACUCCAAGAAGGCACAGAUUAUUUGCGACAGCGACCUCAACAUCAUCAGCGUGGAUGCUAUCCCCGGUGGGAUGCACUCACAUAACACUAUACUCAAUCAGCACGCGGUCAAAAACGACCUCGAGAGCCUCAACAACUCUGGAGAGCAAUGCUGGCUUAUUGGCGGCCCACACUACUCGCAAAAGCCCUACAUAAUGACCCCCAUACCGAAGAUCACGAAGAAGUCCCCCGUGUCGCCCGAGAAGUACUACUCGACCAUACACACUCAGGCACACAGCGCUAUUAUAGAGGCCAUUAAACAGCUGAAAAGCCGGUGGAAGUGUCUGCAAGCUACUUGUAACAAGCAAUACGAUCCUAAUACUGUGUCCAACAUGAUAGUGGCAUGUUGCAUGCUCCACAAUCUCUGCAACCGUCGAGGGCUCCCCGUCGCACCUCUGACACAAACCGAAGAGCGACUAGAGGCAAUGAAGCAAAAAGUGGCCAAUAGUCCCGUCUCGAGGAAGCAGGUUGAAGACCCGAAGGGAGUGCAAGCGAGACAGUUGCUGGUGGAUCAUCUUUGGAAUGAACGGAAGGUAACCCCGGACUGCGGCAAAAAACGAAAGAAACCCGUGGAGGAGCGCCCCCCUCCGCCCCCGCCCCCGCACAUGCUCCCCCCGCAGCCCCCCGCGCACGCGCAGCACGCGCCGCUCAUGCACGAUCAGCAGCUGCAGCACGACGACGCCAACAAGCGCCCCCGGAUCCUCAUGAACACCCCCUCCUACGGGCUCGGGCUCACGUCGGGCUGGGGGCACUUCCCCCCACACUAACUUAGGAACUUUUGCCUACCUUGACGAUUUUAGCUGAUAGUCACUUUUUAGGGCUCCGUAGUCAACUAGGAACCCUUAUAGUUUCGCCAUGUCCGUCUGUCUGUCCGGCGGUUGCUCCGUUCUUUAGUGCUAGAAAGCUGCAAUUUGGCAUGAAUACAUAAAUCAUGCAUGGCGACAGAACGAUAACAUAAAAACUAUUUUUUUUACAAUAUGUUUUUUGUUUCGCUUUUAUCCAAUGAUGUGGGGUAUCGUUUGAAAGGUCUUUCAAAACAAAUAGGGAUCACCAACAACCAUUUUUUGAUAAAGCAAAUAUAUUCAGAAAUAAUUGCUAAGAAAGGUAAAAAUGUAUCACCCCUCUCUAAGUUUUGAACCAUAAGUUCAAAAAAUAUGAAAAAAAUCUAAAACAAAAGCUUAAUGGAAACUUUCAAAGAAAACUAUAGCGAACAUGACCGGUCCAGCCGUUUUUGGGUUAUUGCAAAAAGCCUUCUCUUCCUAGUAACAA